AUGGCGGACACAGCGCGUGACGUCACGCACUGUACGUGCUUUCAGCACCGCGGACAGCACGAGCGCAGGUUGGCUGCAGUGACUGCAUCAGAGACGAACACAAGAGGAAGACGUUUGCCGGUUCGAAACAAGUCAAGAUCUCCACUAAACAUUCAAAACUGGCUGAAAUCAGGCGGGGCUGCGGAGCCGAGACUCGGGGCUUCUCGUUCUAACGCCGCCAGCCUGACCUCCUCCGCCAACCGCCGCUCUCACCGUUCGCUCACGCAGCCGUCCUGGAUUUCACCGUCGUCCUCGCUGGACCGGAAAGUGACUAAUUACACGCUCGUUCUCGCCUCCGUGGAGAUUCCGUCGUAUUGUUCUUUGUUUGAGUGA